AUGAACAGGGGAGUAUUUAGAGACAGUGCCGAUUGGGUCAUCAAUAGAUAUCACCUUACAGGUCCUAAAGUUGUGACGGUAAUUGGCACAGUAAUUUUGCUUUUGCUAACUCUCUUCUUUGUGAAUGUUGCGGCUAAUAUUGCGUCAUUUUGGGCACCUGUUAAGGCAUACAGCCAUCCGUUACAAGAUCUUGUGUGCGAGUUCUUUAAUGUAACGGCUUAUACUACAGCAUAUAACAACACGGUUGAUUCUUUAUUGAUUCCUUUUUGCGCAGUGACAGCUGUGGUUAUUGUUCUUAAUCCCCUGGCCAUAUUCAUUGCCCUGAAACUUAUGAUUGCAAUUAUUAUCUCUUAUUUGCUUCGAGUGUCAACGUUAUUGGUCACGAGUUUGCCGGAUUCUUGGAAUAUGGGCACGCGGACGGUGGAAGACACCUACGCCCAUUUUGGCCGUGAUAGAGGUGGGGAUUUGAUUUUCAGUGGGCAUACUAUGCUUAUUGUGUUGUUUGCACAUGCCUGGUCUUCUUUUUACCUGAUAACGGACUCGUAUGCACUUCACUGGAUAACUGGAUUACUGGCCUGGGCCUACACAAUUAUGGUGCUGAUAUUUAUUACAGUAGCUCGUCUCCACUAUACAAUAGAUGUUCUUUUGGCACUCUACAUUGCCUCGGGAGUUUGGUGGUCUCUUUCGUACUUCCAAACCCGAUUCUUCGAAGAACCUGUCUCAAAGAUGAAAUUUCGACGCACACCAGUGCCCCCUCUUAACAGUCGUUCUGCCGAUGAAGUGGAGCAACAACCAGACCUUUCAGUCCAACCAGCACAAUAA